GUCUGCGCAAUUACGCACAUGCGCACUAGGCGCAAUCUCAGCCAUUUUUUGAAGGAAACUAAUUAGCAGGAAUAAAGAGCCAAGUGUUUUCCCCCCACAGUGAUCAGAACUCAUUCUACCUCUGGAGCUCGCACAAACCCCUCCGUCCCCUGUCGUCUGUUCACCACGGCCUACAUGUAGCUUUAAUUACACUGUUGUUUGGCAACAACUUGGACCCCGCUGCUCUCUCUCCCUCACCCCGUUUUUUCCCCCUUCCUCCUAGCUCCGUCAAAAACGCAGAGGAUCAUUCACAAGGAAUGAGUGGUCUCUCUGCGCUGCGAUUGUUUUCUGGACUACUACCCAUUCGGCGUACGGAGCUUUGUACCAGAGCCGCUGCAUAAAUGUGGGGGAGUAAUGCUUGGCAGCUGUAGCCUCUGGUAUGGACAGCGGUGAGGGAGGAGGAGGAGGGGACGGAGGGGGAGGAGAGGAGAGAGAUGCUGACCUCAGUCCCCGGGCUUUAUCUCUUCCUCUCCUGACCCCAGCGGUCAGUACCGAGCAGGGGUCAUCUUCUCAUACCUCAGCCAUGGCCCCUGCCAAAGAGCCCCUGACCCUGCCACAGCAGGGGGAAGAGGAAGCAGAGGGGUCCCAGGCUAGAGAAGAGACCCGGGGAGGUGAGCAGAAAGAAGGAGGCCGACAUUCAAAGGAGAAUGGAGCGUGUCAAAAGCAGGGCAUGAAGGAAGACUUCGGGGAGGCAUAUUUGUCAGCGCAAGGGAAGGAAGAAGGGGAGGUGCUUGUAGGUGUAGUAGAGGCGUCAGUUACAGGGGGCCUCCCAGCAGCCCUUAGCAGCAAAGGAGAGGAGGAGGAGGAUGACGAGGAGGAGGAGGAGGAGGAGGAGGAGGCGGCGAAGGAAGAGGAAGAGGCCAUCUCAAACCAAAGCCAAACCAAAUCCAAAUGUUCUUUAUUACCUCAACAGAGCCAGCACAGCUCUUCUUCCAGCACUGCAAAGGCCAGUGGCACACUCAACAGCAAAAUUGCCGCCUCUCCAAAGCCCUCCCCCAUUACUUCCACCUCUCCAAAGCCCUCCCCUCUUCUUUCCAACUCUCCAAAGCACUUCACUUGUCCGUCCUCCUUUUCAGCCCUGCUGAGCGAGACCGAGGUAAAAGACAUUAAGGGAGAUCAGGGCUGGAUUUCUGAGUUUCCUCAGAGCUUUAAAACCCAGCAGUCUACCCUGGCGUUUCCACUGGCAGGUAUGGAGCCUGCCAGUGCAGCUACUGAGGAUGAUGGGCCAGCGGGGGUUUCUCACUCUUCCAUUUCCAAUGGAGAUGGUGCCAAAGCUCCAGAACCAAAUGACAGCCAGCUGGACACAGAGGUGGAUGACGAGAGAGACAAAGAAGAAGAACAGAAAGAAGCUGUCCUUAAAAACCUCAACCAAGACCUCUCUCCUAAUUCCCUGACCAGUCACAUGACCAUAAUGCACUCCCGCAACUCCUGCAAGACGCUGAAAUGCCCCAAGUGUAACUGGCACUACAAGUCCCAACAUACUCUGCAAGUCCACAUGAAGGAGAAACACCCAGAGACGGGAGGCCAGUGUGUGUGCGCGGCCUCCGGGGUAAAGUGUGUGUGUGGCGCUGCGACGCGAGGUGUGUGUGCAUAUUGCAGUUCGGGAAAACCCCAUCCUCGCUUGGCCCGUGGCGAGACCUAUGCCUGUGGCUACAAGCCCUACCGCUGUGAGGUGUGUGACUAUGCUACCUCAUCGAAAGGCAACCUCAGCAUACACAUGCAGUCGGAUAAACACCUUAAUAACGUCCAAAACGGGGGACAAUCGAAUGGUAGCGUGCACACUUCCCACAUUACCGGCAACAACAACAACAGCAGCAGCAGCAGCAGCAGCAGCAGCAGCUUCUCCGACGGUAACGCGGCGGAUGAGCCCACGUACAAGCCCCCGCUCUCUACGGCCACCACCCAGCCCGCCAAGCUCACACCCCCGGCACACACUCACUCUCAUGGUAAGCGGUGGCGGUGUGACGUGUGCGACUAUGAGACCAGCAUCGCCCGCAACCUGCGCAUACACACCACCAGCGAGAAACACACCCACAACAUGCUGCGGCUCCAGAGAGGUUACUACCUGUCGCACUGUAGGAGUCUCGCCCCUCAGCUGAAACACUUACAGAGCGCAGGUGCAGAGCUCUCCUUGAAUAUGCGACUGACCAGUCAGCAAGUCGCAGAUCAACCAGUCACCCUUGGGUCUACGCUGACUCCUUCUCCCUCCCCCUCCCCCUCGCCUCCUCCAGCCCCGUCUCUGUCCCCCACUGAACCCCUCUCCCAGGGGGGCGUGUUUCAAUGCCUUGUCUGCUCCUGCUUUUCGUCUGACAGCUUAGAGUCCGUGGAGCAGCACCUGAACGCCCCUCGAUCUCUGCCCCAGCCUGAGUGGUGCUCCCUGGUCGCUGGCGGCUGCCACUGCAGGCUGUGCGGCUACACCACCCAGCUGAGGGCUAACUUCUCCUUACACUGCCAGACGGACAGACACCGCACCCGCUACCAGCUCGCCGCUCACCUCCAGGAGGGCGGGGAUAGGGGCGAGGAGGGGGCGGCCCUCAUUGCCAAGGGCAACCCCAUCCAGGUGAGGUGCAACCUGUGCGACUACGUGACCGGCAGUUUGGAUAAGCUGCGAGGACAUUCCCUCAGUUCCCACCACAAGGCCAGCGUCCGGGUUUACCGAUUCCUGCAGCAGUAUGACGGGGAGGUUGAUGGGGGAUCGUGGCUGUUCCAUUGUCUCUUAUGCAACCACUCAUCCUCUUCUAAACUACAAGUACUGAAACACAGUCAAACCCCAACCCAUCAGCAGAGGGAAGGGCUGCUACAGCUGGAGCCAAUGGGUGGAGAGGAGUUGGCAGCCAUUUUUACCAUCAGGAAAAGCCCUGACGGUGUCACAGGAGAGCUCAGUGAGGAUAUUGAAACUUCCAGUGAGACCACCGCUGGUCCUUUGGACACAACCAAAGACACUUGUAACUUGGGGACAAAGCAGAUUUCUAAAGAGACAGAACCGACUAGGGAGGAGGAAAGCGAAAAGAGGGAGUCGUUUUCAUCAGUCAAGCGUCCAUCCUCUGAAUGUGAGGAAAUGGAAAACUCCAUCUCAACCAAACGUCCCAGAAUACACCAGCAAAAUCCAAACCAGCAGACUGUCCAGUGCCCUUUGUGCCAGGUUAAACUCCAACACACACACCUUCGGCAGCAUCUCACGCACGUGCACAAUGUGGCACAGGACUGUGUAGACAAGCUCAUCAGCACAGUCACACUAUCCAAGGAACAACCGCAGCCUAAGCUGCAGGCAGAACCACAGACAGAAGAUUCUAGUGUCUGUGUUGAUUUACAGAACAACCAAGGCAUUUCAGUUGAGAGCACUGAGGGAGAUGUAGCCACACCCAAAGAUGUCACAGCUCUACUCACCCCACCCCUAGAAGACAACACCACUCACCCUUACAAUGGCAGACUGGCUCCUCAGUCCCCAAUUCAGACCCCCCCUUCCUCGCCAACCGGCGACCCCCCUCCCUUUUCUGAUCGCCAUGGUUACCGGUUCCGUUGCAGCAGGUGCAGCUUGGCGUUCCCCACUCAAGAGAAGCUCCAGCUGCACUGGCAGUACCAUGCCAUGAGGGCGGCAACAGAGUGCCCGCUCUGCGCUCGCCGGUGCCGCAGUCAAGAGGCCUUGCAGAGACACAUGCAGAACACACACUCACAGCUGGACAACACACUGGGGACAGGAUACACUCUCACCGCCUCACACCGCUCAAUACAUGGAGCAAAACAAGAGUUCAGUUCAACAAGAUUUUAGUUAUCACCUCAAGCGGGUCAAGAAGCAGUAGAGGGUGAGUAUGAAGAGAUGGAGGAAGACGCCCUAGGCAUGGAGGGAAAGGAGGAACAAAAGGAGGAAGUACAGGUGAAAGAGAAUGACGUAAACGGGGAAAUUGAUGGAGAGGAUGAAGUUUCGACUGAGCCAGACAAAGGGUCAAAUGAGGAGAUCGUAACAGAACCUACUUCAGGCUUCCUGGUCAAAAAGGGCUCCAAUCCCUCAAUGGAUCGCUAUCUGGAUCCAGCCAGGCCCUACAAAUGCACAAUAUGCUCUGAAUCCUUUACCCAGAAAACCAUUCUUCUGGUCCACUAUAACUCUGUGUCCCAUCUCCACCGGGCCAGAAGGGCGUUACAGGACUCUGGCACAGGUGUUGCUGUCCUCGAGGCUCCCCGUGGCCCAGAUCCUAGGCCCUACCGAUGCCGAUUGUGUGGAGUGGGCUAUAGCCAGAGCUCCACGCUGGACAUACAUCUUCGCUCUGUUCUUCAUCAGACUAGAGCUCGUGCUGCCCAGAACUCAGCUCCACAGACCCCAGCAUCAAGUGUGGGGGCUUCAGUCCCCACUACUCUUACUUCGGCUCCCAACAAAGAAGAAACAUCAAAGGGUUUACCAUUCUCCAAGAGACCAGAUGUAGGAAACUCUUCAACCUCUUUACUAUUAGGCCCUGGUGUAGCAACUGACGCCCAGCGAACCCUCUCUAUCCCAACAGAAAGCCAGCAGGCUAAAAGUAGAGUUGCAGAACUUAUAGCGUCAAGAAACCAGCUAAUGUUAAUACAACAGCAGCAGUUAGCCCAGGCUCAGGCACAGGCCCACGCUCAGCUACAGCAACACACAGCUCUGCUCCAGUCCCAAUUGAUGCAGCACCUUCCCUUAGGGACAGAAAAUCUCCUUAAACAACACUUCUCCCUGGCACCAGACAACUUGCUCUCUCUGCAGCAGCAACUUCUGUUGCCCUUUUAUUUGUCAGGGGACAUGACUUUUAACCCAGAAUUAAGUGUUAAGAACCCAGAACUUAGUCAGUUGGUAUGUGCCAGCUCCAUCCCCAAAGAACCAGUUACGGUGGAAGUUAAAAAGGAGUGCCAAACUCAAAUAGAUGAGAACCAAACCCAGAGACAACAUUCAAAUUCAACUGUUAGCCAAUUAAAGGAUUGUGUGCAGUGUGAAGCCAAUGUUGAAGCUGGCGGCAGUGGAUCCGCCAACAACAAGUUUGAACAAGGAGACAGCAAUUCUAAUCAAGACGAAGGAAAAGAAGAAAGGCCUGUUCCUAGUUUUAAAAAUAAGUGUCAGAAAGCAGAAACGGAUUCCUCUUCAUUUACUCGCCAUGGAUUGCAAUGUCCUCCUCCCAGAGUUCCCUAUGCAGCUGUGAAUGGCGAGCCUGUUCGGGCCCUGCUGCAGAGCUAUGGCUAUGAGUUGGCACUGCAAUACAUACAAAGUAGACAUAGACACCAGCAGCAAAUACCAAUCCAUAUGAUACCAGAUAAACCAGGGGGCUCUGAUAAUGACAAGAUGGAGGGUUACUCAAAAGAAGAAAAAGUUGAGUUAAGUGGACUACAGGAUGUAAAGCCAGAAGGCUGUAUCAACGAUGACAAAGAAUUAGAAGGCAACAAAGAGAUCCAAAGUUUGCCACAUGACAAAACAAAUCAAGAAGAGGAAUCCGUAAAGAAAGAGAAAGGUUGUUGUGGAAAGGGAGAAAAGUGUAGAGACUGUGGCAAGUUUUUUUCAGAUGCCUUGAUUCUGAAAAGUCACCGGGAGUACAUUCAUAGGAAACUGUUUCCUACUCCUGCACUGGAGAGAUUUUCCAGGGAGUACAGGCUGCAGUAUGACCAGAUGUACCCACUCACACAACCUAAAUCUGUAGAUAAUCCAAAUGCCUCUGCCUCCGCUCCUGUCCCAUCCUUGAAAUCAGAACCAGCAAUGGAACCGGUUAUGUCUCAAGUUAAAAGUCUUGAGCCCUCUCCUGCACCGUCGUUUUCAGAUCCCAUAACAAACGCAUGUGCUCUUGCUACAGAUAUAUCAACAACUACUCCCACACCUUCUUCUUCUCCUCCAUUAAUUCCUCAAUCUCAAGAAUAUCCGCAACAAGAGUCACCCACCACAAGCCCGGCUGCAACAGCUACUUCUCAAACAACAACCCCAGCGAAGGCCACACCUCUUACCUUACAGAAAAUACCUAUGCUUCCUCCAGGCUUGUCUCAGCUUCCCAUUGCCCAACGGCCUUUACCUAACCUUCCCCUACCCCACAUUCCUUUUCCCAUGGACCUACCCCUCCUUUCUCCGGUUGUGAUGCAGUCUGUGGGUCUCCAGCCCCAACCUUGGUUAGACUCAAGUAUGAACCCUGAGUUGGCAAAACUCUACCAAUCUCAACUCAACACGGCACUUCUAGGGCAACAGCCACAGCUCAGUCCUUCUCUGCUUGUCCAGCAGUCCCAGCUCAGCCCAGCUUUGCAAGGUCAGCCAUCCCAGAUCAAUUCUACGCUGAUAGGUCAACCAUCCCAACACAGCCCUAUCCAAACAGGACAGCAACCCCAAGUCAGCCCAACAAUACAUGAACAUCAGGGUAAGAGAACCCGAACCCGCAUCUCUGAGGAGCAGCUGACUGUCCUGAGGAAACACUUUGAUAUUAACAGUCUCCCCAGUGAUGGAGACAUGAACAAGAUGUCUGGUCUGUCUGGGUUGCCUCAUAAAGUUAUCAAACACUGGUUUCGCAACACCUUAUUUAAAGAGCGCCAGCGAGACAAGGAUUCCCCUUACAAUUUUAAUAACCCCCCAACUAUAGCCCUAGAGGAGCCCAGAAAAGUAGCACAAACCCAGCCUCUGUCACUUUCCCCAUGUUCGCUGUCCCCAGCCAUUCCAGCCCAUACCUCCCCACAGGCCCACACAACAGACCUCCCAAGAGGAGAGCCCCAUAGGGGCCGACGCUCUUCCCGAACCCGCUUUACGGAACAACAGCUGGAGACCCUGCAGAAGGUGUUUGAGGCGACUCCCUAUCCCAGAGAGGAAGAAUAUGAUCGAAUGUCUGCUUUGUUGUCCCUCCCUAAUAGAGUCACUGUUGUGUGGGUACAAAAUGCAAGACAGAGAGCCCGUAAAAAUCAAGAACGGGGGACUGAUGAUGGAUCAGAGGGUAAGAACCAACAUGACAACCUACACAGACAGCGAACUGGCCUCUACAAGAAUGAUGAUGAGGAUAAUAGCUGUGGUGAUGAAGCACAAGGUGAAUCUCCGAAUGAAACUCCAUGGAUCUGAUAUGAGUAUUACACCAACCCUGACUCACCUGUUCUUGAUCCUUCCUCCUCCGGCAUGGAAAGUGAGCAUACAACAGUUAAUGGUGAACCACCACCUGUUACUAGUAAACAAGAAGACAAAACAACCUCUUCUCGGGCUAACAAGAGCCUUGCUCUGGUUCAAACUCCAAAUGAAAUUUCAGAUGUAGACAUCCAAUGUAUGGAAGUUGCUAAAGCCAAGAAAACCAUGUCCACUCCACCACCUGAGCCCAACCUUCAGCCAGAAAUUACUCCAGAAAGACCCCGCCCUCACUCCUCCUCCUCUUCACAAAAAGAUGUUCCUGCCAUUGCAUCCACAGCUCAUUCUAGCCAGGGCAAUAGAUGCAACCCUCCUUCUGAUCCAGCUGUUGAAAAGCCUGUUGAUACAUCACCAAGCCUCCCUGCUGCUUCAGAGUCUGACACAAGUUACAUUCGGCUGCCGGAUGCCACCUCUUGUCUGUCCACGGAAACCCAACAAAAAAAACAACCCCAAACACAGGCUCAGUUUCAGUGCAGUCUCUGCCCAGUGUCAUUACCCUCAUUCCAACUUUGGCAAGAACAUCAGACCAGGCACCUCCUGGCAGCUCAGUCCCAGGUCCAAUUUCUACACUCUGGCUUCACAGACCGAACCAUGCCUUACAUGAUGCUCCAUCCGAACCACACCCUGAUGGCUAGCCAAAUGAUGUCCCAAAUGCACUCUAAUCCCACACAUUCCAUGAUUUCACACUUAAACAGCAUACAAAUGAAUAACACGCUCUCUGAUCACUCGAGUAACAACCUCACUAACCUCUCUCAAAGUUCCCUAACACCCAUGAAGCAGAGCUCAAAGCUCAUGUCGGAAACCAAUUUUGAAGGCCAAAGGGGCGUUGGAGAGAUUGAGGAAGAGCACCGAAGGGAUAAACGUCAGAGAACCACCAUCACCCCAGAACAGCUUGAAGUGUUGUAUCAGCGCUACAGUAUGGACUCCAACCCCACAAGAGGAGUGCUGGAAGGCAUUGCACGCGAUGUCGGCCUGACGAGACGUGUGGUUCAGGUCUGGUUUCAGAAUACACGAGCCAGAGAGCGAAAAGGGCAGUUCCGGUCAAUGGGUCCAGGAUCCAGUUUCAGUUUGGGUUUAAACCACUUGCGCUGCCCAUUCUGUAGGGCUCUCUUCAAGGUAAAGAGUGCUCUUGAUGCCCAUAUGAGGUCACGCCACUGGGCAGAGGCUGAAAGAGCAGGCUACAACUUAUCGAUGAGUAAUGGAUCCAAUGGGCCAAUAGGGAUGGCUAUGUCCUCUGUCAUGGACAGACCAGGCCCGUCUAUCUCCUCCAACCCCAUCCCAAACAAUGGCUAUGUCAUCCUUAACAAAGAGUUGAGUAUGAAGCCACCUGUUACCUCUUUAACCACCGAUCUGAACAACCCAGAAGAGGAUGAUGACUAUGAGGAAGAUGAUGAGGAGUACCCAUGUGAGGAGGGUUCAAGUGUGGUUGACCAAGGUUCUCCCAGUCCAGAGGGAUCCGGGGGUCCGAGCUCAGAUUGGGGUGAUACGCUGAGUCUGCAACAGCACCAACAUCAGCAGCAGCGGCAACGGACACAGAUGAGCCACUACCAGGUACUCCAGCUCAGAGACUUCUACAGGAGCCACCGCACCCCCAACCGACAUGAGUGUGAGACACUGGGCCAGGAGCUGGGACUGCCUCACAGAGUUGUGCAGGUGUGGAUCCAGAUUGCAGAGCAAAGGAGAAGAGGGCCAGGAGCCUGA